AUGUCUGGUUUCGGGAGUUUCGAACUUGGAGCAGAAGCCGGGGAGGAGACCGCGGGCGGUGCGGUUGAGGCAGUGGUAGAUUGCAGUCUGGCGGUGGUGGCGGAGGCCCCGCAGCCGCCAGGCGCUGCUCCUCUUACCUCGGCCCUGACAGCGUGCUCAGAGCACCCGAUGGGCACCUCCCCCCUGCCGCCACCACCGCCUUCCCCACCACCCCAGCAGCAACUCCUGCUAUCCCGUGGACAUGGGGAUAUCGUUCUCAUGCGGCGCCUGGGCAACCAUGUGUCGUACAGUAAUCCAGUAUAUCCCUUGCAACCACGUCUGCCGUUGACCGGUGUACGGCCGCUCAUCCUCGAGGCGGCGUUCGCGGCGGAUAACGGCGACAUCACGGCGGUGGUGUGGGCGAUGCGCAGCAAGGGCCCCCACCUGGCCGCCUGCUGUGAGGUCUUCGCGGUCGCGCUCCGGCCCGUGUGGGAGCGGCAGCAGCAGCAGCAGCAGCAGCAGCCUCCUGGAGGGGGAGGGGCACCCGGGGUGUCGGGGCCUCCACGCCCCAACAGCGACAACCUGCAUCUGAGCACGGUGGAUGUACAGCUGCUCCUGCGAACCAAGUUGCCGCCCUUCGUGGCGCGGGUGGUGAGGCAACCACACCCGCACCCGCACCCAGGGGAGCAGGAGCAGCCGGAGUUUUUCGAACAGCCGGUCGGUGGUGCUGCGGGUUGCGACUGUAAAGUGAGCGGAAGUGGGGACCGCCAUUGGAUGCUGGUGCUGGGCUUCGAUCCCAGUACCGCGGGACUUGAGGAAGAUGACGGUGUGGACGGGUGUGCGGGCCGGCAGUUGUUCUAUUGGCAGCUGCAUGUAAUCCCUUUCCCGGCCAUCCGCGGCUGCUCCUUUCUCCUGCUACUGCUCCUGCUACUGCUCCUGCUACUGGACCUGAGCAUCCAACCUUAUGAAACACACACCCGUAUGGCAACCGGCGCAGCAACCAUGGACAUCACCAUGCCGUCAGGUGGGGCCGACAGUGCGUGCGGUGGCGGUGGCGGUGGCGACCCAAUGGACGAUGAAGGCGACGACGACGACGACGUGGAUCCGCGGACCUUGGAGGCGGCAGCUGCACGACUGGCCCACAUGACCAGUGAGGAGCGGGAGGGGGCGCAGUGGGGGGCGCAGUGGGCGGACAUCUACAAGGAGAGCGGGCUGGACGGGGUGGGGGCCAUGGGGCAUGAGCCCACCAUGGACCUGGCGGCGUGGAGGUUUCGGAGCGGCGGCAGCGGCGGUGGAGCCGCGGGAGGACAAGCCGGUGCUGUAGGCCGGGGGCAGCGUAUUGACAAGCCCCUGGCGCCCGUUUGGCGGCUCAGCUGCGGGGCCCACCGCCUGCUGACGGCCGAAGGGCCCGUACGGACAUGUCAACACCACCACCAGCAGCAGGCGCAUCACCAGGCCGCCCAACACCCUCAGACACAGCCGCCACUGCUGCUGCUGGGCGUUACAGAUGACGUGGACUGUGCCGUACUGCGAGUGGACUGCUCUGGCGCCGGGCGGAGUGCGGGGCCCAGCGGGGCCGUGGGGGAGCGAGGGGGUAACGGGGAGGGGCAGUUGCCGGAAGCCGUGCAGGUUCGCCACGUCGUCAGCAUCCCCGCACUCGCCUACGUUGCGGCCGGAGCUAUCGACUCAGGCAGCAACACGAGCUUAGCCGGCGUCUGCGGCACCAGUACGACACCCCUGGCGGCCGUACUCGUGGAGAGCCAGUGCUUUAUGUACAUGUACGGCAGUACCUCGACGCAGGAGGAGUACGGCAAGCAGCAGGUGGUGGAUUUGCAGUUGGAGGACGGUGAGACGGUGCUGGGGGCGAGGCUGGUUGAGAUAUCCUGGUCAAACUUCCUACUCCUGUCCUGGUCAAGUAUCGGGGUCAUUUUUGGCGACAUCGCCACCUCGCCACUCUACGUGUACAACAGCAUCUUCGCGGACCUUCUUCCAGGCAGCCAGCCUCGGAAGGCCGACGUGCUGGGCGGCGCCAGCUUGAUCUUCUGGACACUGACCCUCGUGGUGAUGGUCAAGUACAUUGGGGUGCGCGAGCAGCCGGGUCAGGAUCAUUCCCCCCAUGGAGUGACCAACCAUGUGGACCCGAGCAGCGCCAGACAUCUGCCGUACGUACUGCAGUACGGUCGCCGCGCAUCGCCCGCUACCGCUGUCGACACUGGCGGUGGAGGUGCCGUACUGCCCAGUGAUGGCGGUGACGAGUGCGGCUCUGACAGUGAUAGUGACACGCAGGGGGACGUGGCGGCAGUGGGGCGGCGCGGGGGGGGGGGCUGCCAGAGGCCCUGGUGGCGGUGGGGGGCCGCCGGGAAGGACCGGGUCGCGGACUUCUUUCGUCGCAGCCGGCGGGCGCAGAUCGGCUUAUGGGCCGUGGCGGUGGUCGCAACGGCCAUGCUGAUGGGCGACGGAGUCCUCACCCCGGCCAUGUCAGUGCUGUCCGCUGUGUCCGGUCUCACGGAGGUGGUCCCCGGCCUGAGCCAGGAGGUGGUGGUCGGUGUAACCAUACUGGUGCUGGUGCUGGUCUUCGCAAUACAGCCCAUGGGCACCGGGCAGGUGGGUGUGUUCUUCGCGCCCGUCAUCGCAAUCUGGCUGCUGGCCAACGCCGCCAUCAACUGCUACAUACUCGCCGAGCAUGGGGGAGCGGUGUUCGCAGCCAUCAACCCCGCCCACAUCGUCACGUUCUUCAGCCGCCACGGCGCCACCGCCUGGCGGUCUCUGGGCGCCGUCAUGCUGUGUGUCACCGGUGCAGAGGCGCUGUUCGCGGACCUGGGGCACUUCUCGAGGGGGAGCAUAUCGGUCGCCUUUGUGUUUCUGGCCUACCCCUGCCUCAUCGUCACCUACUUCGGGCAGGCGGCGCACUUGCUCACACACCCCCAAGACACAGACGUGUUUUGGAAAUCGCUGCCCCGGACGCUGAGGUACCCCAUGCUCAUCCUGGCAACCCUCGCCACCAUCGUCGCCUCGCAGGCGCUCAUCAGCGGCCUGUUCAGCAUCAUACGACAGGCCAUGAUCCUGGGGGCCUUCCCCCCCGCCCGCAUCGCCCACACGGGUGGCAGGAGCCUUGCACGAGCCACCCAGGUAUACAUCCCGCUGGUCAAUGUGGUGCUGUUCGCGCUGUGCUGCAUCGUGGUGGUUGGGUUCAAGAACACGGUGGCGCUGGGCAAGGCGUACGGGCUGGCGGUGAUGACGGACAUGCUGACCACCACAUUCCUGGUCACACUGGUGAUGCUGUCCGUGUGGGAGGUCAGCUUGCUGCUGGUGGUUCCCUUCUUCGGACUGUUUCUGGUGCUGGAGGGAGGAUACUGGUCCGCGAAUAUCAUCAAGGUGCCUGAGGGCGGCUGGUUCACUCUCUCUGUGGCUGCGGUGGUAUCCGCCAUCAUGCUCAUUUGGUGGGCGGGUAGUCGCCGGCUGGGGGAGCGGCUGGCGGCCGUUACCGCGGGAGCACACAUUAGGCUGCUGGGCUGCCCGCCGCCGCCGUCACUGCUGCACCAGCCCCCGCCCCCGCCGCCAGCAGCGGCUGCCACUGCGGCUACUGCCGCCACCCUCCUCGCCACACGCUCUGUCGGCGGCGGCGGCGGCAACUCCGCCUCUGCCGCCCACCCCCGGCAGCGGUUGUACCGCCUGGCCAGUUGGGCUGUUCCCCAACAGACAUUGAGGCUUAAAGCGCCGGAUGCUGCCGGUGACGGGACGGCAACGGCGUACCCGUCCUCGCCGCGGGCCAUGCGGGCGACGUCACUGCGCCUGGCGCGGCUCGAACCUAAGACCUCACGGCCCUUGCGCAUUCGCAGCGUCCCCGCCACGCGGUCCGCACCUCUGGGAGAGAUCAGUAAGGCCCUUUUGGAAGAGAUAGAGGAAGGCCAGCUCAGCAGCUGCGCCGCGAUGCCGCCUCUGGGGCCGACGGCGUCACUGGCAGCGGCGGCGGCGGCGGCGGCGGAACCGCUCACUAGCCGUCACAGCGAUCACAGCGCCGAUGUUGGAAACCGAAAGACCGUGGUGGUUUCGGAGAGCAGUUUUGCGCCGGGCACGCUGGCGCUGGUGCUGCCAGUGGAUGAGAUCCAGACGGCCGCCGCCCCCGCCGCAGCCGCCGCCACCACUGUACCGCUGGACGGCUUUAGCGACAGCGACUUGGAGAUGGGCGACAGCACCGCGAGGUCAGCGCUCCUGGCGCCGGUGGUGGUGCCGCUGGCUGCGCGACUGCCGGGCAUUGGCGUCUACUACAUGGAUGAGAAGGUCGGCGGCGCCAACUCGGCCCUCACCACCCUCCCCCCCGUGCUGGUGCACUUCCUUCGGAAUGUGCAGGCCAUACACGACGCGUGCGUCUUCCUGUCCGUACGGAACCUGCCCACACCCAGCGUGUCACGCCGCCAUCGGCUGCAAGUCUACACACCGCUCUGCGUCUCGGCCCCCAACUUCUACCUGGUCGUCGCCCGGUACGGCUAUCUGGACGUCAUCGACCACGGACCCGCCUUCAUCAGUGAGCUCGUUGAUGCCGUACUGCGGCAGCUGGUAGCUGUGGCGGCCCGCGCCGCGAAGGGGCAGCUGCCGGCCGCCUUCAAGCGCAACUCCCAAAGCAACGAGCUGAGCAACUUCCUGGAGCGUGAUGAGGCCGCGGGGGCGACGGACGAUCAGACGGAAAAACCUCUGGCGCGCAUGGGCCAGCACAACCCCGUCGUCAUGACACACCUGGGCCGCAGCUCGGGGGCGAACAGGGGUAACGGCCCUAGGGGAUCUGGCGGCGACUCGGUGGCGGCAAUGCCGCAGGCCGUUACGGCGGCGGCGGCGGCGGUUAUGUCUGGGCCGACGGAGCUUGCGAUGACAAGCCGCCGCCUGGCGGGUAGUAAUGCGGCGGCGGCUGCGCCUGCCGGUCCCGCAGCAGCCGGAGAUGCUGCGCCGGUUGCGGCGCACAACAGCGCUCUGGAGGCGGCUCGAACCCUGGUGGAGGAGGCGGUGGCGGCGUUCCUGGAGGCGAGGCUGCAUGGUGUCGUGUAUUACGCCAGCCGAGCGCUUAUUCGGGUGGAUGAGCGGCAGGGUCGCUUCUGGAUUGUGCAGUACAUCAACUGGUUCCUGUACGGCUUGUUGUACAGGUGGUUGGCGGCGAUUGCCUACGUGGACAUGGAGAGGUGGCGAGUGCCCUCGCAGCAGCUUGUUGAGCUUGGCAUGCCCGUAUACAUUUGA